AUGGAAGCUGAUGCCCGCGAUGGAAUAUCCCUCUCAGGGUCUCCUGGCACAACUGAUGUAGUCUCUCACACAAAUGUUGCUUCUGGACGAGUUCCAAUCAGUGCUCCGUCAGCAGGUGCACCACGCAUAACCCCUGAUGAUGCUGAUGCCGAUGCUAUGACGGGCGAGGUUGGUGAUUCAUCUACGAGCGCCAAGUUCUUUGGAAGCAGCAGUGCCGUGUCCUUUAUGCGCCAGAUCAACACUGCUAUUGACACCCUUCUAGACGGUUCUCAUACGUCGGCGCCUUCUCAAACUAAUGAUACUUUGCGGAGGACCAAACCGAUUACUACUCGAAACGAACCUAUGCUGGACCCCCUCGCCUACACGCUGCCUGCGAGGAAGUUUGCUGACGCUCUCAUCGCUGACUACUAUGCGUCCGUCUGGGCAAUUCUGCCCGUGCACGACUGGACCAUAUUUAACGAAGCAUACACGGACAUGUGGCUUGGAAAGUCAUCUGAACUUAUUUCUGAGAGUGAGCUGUACUGCAUGACAAACCUCAGCUUUGCCCUAGGAAGCCAAUUCUCCCAAAACAUUACUCCGCAGCAGAGAAGGAAACUGGGACAGACGUUCUGGAAGAGGGCAGAGGCUAUCUUUGAUACCCAUCUAAGAAGUGCUCCAUCUAUGGAAGGUGUCCAAUGUCUGCUGAUGAUGGGCCUUUUCCUUCAGGGCGCAUCAGACUCUCAUCGUUGCUGGAUGACUGUCGGAUCUGCCAUUCGAAUGGCUCAAAGUCUCGGCCUUCACUCUUCAUCAUCAGCGAACACGAAUGGAAGUUUUCGCGAGAUCGAGAUUGGCCGAAGAGUGUGGCACGGCUGUGUUUUCAUGGAUCGCGUACUAUCGAUGACCUUUGGCCGGCCGAGCAUGAUCGCUAAUUGGCUAUCCGACGCUGUACCACUACCUCUGAUGAUCGAUGACGAGUUCUUAGAUACCCAAAGACAGGCCACGGCAAGUCGACCUGAUGGUGAAACCUCGCGCGUUGGGUUCUUCAUAUUCUCGCUGGAACUCUACAGCAUCGUCAAUGAUUUCUUGCUAGAGUUAUACAUGGAUCCACCCAGCAGAGCAGUAAAGGCGAAGACAAGCCUUAGCACCGUGAUUGGGUAUGACGAUCGACUCGAGAAGUGGCUGAACUCCCUACCUGAGUUCCUUCGCUGGUCGUCGCAGAGCCCAGUUGAUGAUUUCAUCCUCCAAAGACAGCGCAUUGUCCUGAGAGCGCGCUACCUUCACGCCCGCAUUACUCUUCUGCGUCCAAUCGUAGCAGAAUUCUAUCUCAAGCAGCCCAAGUCAGAUGAUUCUAGCAUACAUCCUGAUGCAAAUACGUGUCUGUCGCAGACACUUGUCGAGCGCUGCUCGGCAUUAUGUUUUGAGGCAGCUCGUGAGAUCAUCAGCAUGAUCUACGCAAAUCUCAACCUUGAGACACUGAUCGGGCCAGUCCCUGCGUGGUGGUUCACCGUGUUGUUUGUCUACUCUGCUGCGACAGCACUGCUUGCUGAACGCUUUGGGCCUACAGGAUCAGGCCCGAGAUCGGGACAGUCAUGGUCCUCUACCUCCACAUGGGAUCAGGCAAUGCAGCUCCUGAAAGCAUACGCAAGGGUUGGGGAAUCGGCUGAGCGAUGUGUCGCCGCGCUAGAGAUCCUGUCGGCCAAAUUUCAAUCACAUGCUAGCGACAGGCAAACACAGCACGCCGACGACCAGGUGUCAACAACUCAGAGAGAAUCUGGUCUCGAUAUUGCACAACCCAUGCAUCAAGAGUUUCCCGAUAUCGCGGCUCUUCCUACAGACUUUGAUCUAAAUGCGAUAGAUUUAGAUAUCAGUGAUAUGACAUGGCUGAAUGCUACGGUAGGAGAUAUUAUUUUCUAG